AUGGAGCCGCAGCGAGAGGCCGUGAUGAAAAAAAUCCGCCGCAAGAUCAAGGGGAUAAUCAAAUCAUCCCCCUCCUCCCCUCAGCAGCAGCAGCAGCAGCAGCAGAAGGAGAAGGAGAACGAAGGCAUGUCUCUCUCGGAAAACCCAGAGGUGAGCCCUAUGCCGCCGCUGCCGCCCGCAGCGCAGGGAGUGGCAGCGGGUAGCGGCGACGCGGAGGGCGGCGGUAGCGCAGGGGGUGGCGGCGGCGGUAGCGCGGGGAGUGGCGGCGGGGGUGCAGACGGCGAUGCUGAAAAUGUCGGGAGUGACGGGGACCCCAUGAAGACGGACUCGGCCGUGGCGAGCCAGGAGGAGAAGGAGGGAACGGAGAGCAUGGACGUGUCGCCUCCGCUGCCCUCGAGCGCCAACAAGAAGAGAGUUCCCAUCGUCAACAACCCGGAUGAGUUCGCCAGCUUCGGUCAGGGCGGGGACGCAGAGAUUCCGUCCCCGGCCGUCCCCAAGUCCGACGAGGCGCGGGCGGCGCUGUCGAACGCACUGAGGGGGCACUUCCUCUUCGCGCAGCUCACGCCCACCGACCUCUCGGCGUGCGUGGACGUGAUGGGGCUGCUGGAGAUGUCGGCGGGGCAGGACAUCGUGGUGCAGGGGGAGCGGGGAUCGCGCUUCUUCGUCAUGGAGUCUGGGUCUGCCGAGGCGUACGUGAACGGGGAGCGGGUGUGCGGGUACGGUCCCGGCGGCUCGUUCGGCGAGCUCGCCCUCAUGUACAACUGCGAGAGAGCGGCGACGGUCAGGGCCACCUCGGACAGCCGGCUGUGGACGAUGGACUUGUCCACCUUCCGCCGCUCCCUGGCCACCACGGCGUCGAGCCAGAUCUUGUCGCGGUGCGAGUUCUUGCGAAAGGUGCCCUUCCUGGCGGAACUCAACAACGAGCAGGUGAACAAGCUGGCGGACGCGCUGGAGGUGAAGGAGUUCCUUCAGGACGAGUACAUCAUCCGUCAAGGGCAACAGGGGGAAGACUUUUUCUUGAUCGAGGAAGGAGUGGUGUCCUGCACCCAGGCCAAGAGCGCCACGGACCCGACCGAGAUGUCGCUCCUCACGCUUGGGCCCGGGGAGUACUUCGGGGAGAUGGCGCUCAUGCUGGACGAGCCGAGGGCGGCCAACUGCAUCGCCGUACAGGGAAAUGUGAAGUGCCUUUCGCUAGACAGGACUAGGUUCUCGAACCUCCUGGGGCCGAUCUACAGCAUCCUGCAGCAAAACAUGCGACUGCGUAUCCUCAAGGGGGUGCCGCUGCUCUCCAAGCUCACCGAACAAAAACUUUGCCGAAUGGCGGGAGCAUUGUGA